AGUGUUCACUAUUUAUGAACACCGAAUCACUGAUAAGCUUAGACUGAUGGAAAAGUAGUUUUUGGUGGUGCUUUGGCUUGGUCAACAGGUGUUUCAGGCUUUCAAACAUAUGGUCGCUGUCACUCCCUUAAUCAGAUCAGGUCCAAUUAGAGCUUGAAUUUUUAUAGAUUAUUAUCAGCAUGUAUUGUAUGGUUUUGGUCAAUGGAAAACUGUAACAUACUUUUUUACAUACCGUUAAUAUGGAGUGUUUUUUGGUAUUAUUAUGGUGGAUUAUAUAACUUCCCUCUGAGAGUGUGGUAUUUCCAACAGUACUUGAAUCUAACACAACACAUGAAACGUGCUCUUGGCCGCGCCCCUUUAUAGUAGGGCGGGGAGACGCUGUUUUUGGUGUCUGUUGAUGUCGAAAAGUUACACAAGCGAGGUUUUAAAACAGGACGGUUUCACAACUGUAACCGAGGCUUCACGGCUGCUUUCAUCACCCACUGCUCCUGGUUAAACCUGUGUCCACAGAGCUUUCUUUGGGAAAUUUAUUUUAUUCUAAUUACUACUAUUAUUAUAACACAAAAAAACACCACAAACACCCAGUCUCUGUCAGCGAGAAAUUAAUUUAUAGACUGGUCCACGCCUGCUCUCUCUGGACAAUAACCGCGUUUCACAAGUGACGAGUGGAUACAAGCGGUUGGGAAAACACCGGUAUGUUAACUUGAUUGUCUCGGUCAUCGGAAACAAGAAGCCCACGACCGAAGCCUCCGCCGCGUUCAUCACCGGAAUCAGCUUUACUGGAAGCAGAUACUUGAUUACCUGAUUACACCGCGCACGUUGGGAGCAACUGAAGUGUCCAUCUACUACACACAUAUUUCAGCCAUGGAGUUGAGCGCAGUGAUUUUAACGACUGGGGGCUCCGUCGGAUUUUUCAGGCUUGUCAACGCAGGGGUCAGAAAACUCCCCAUGCCCGACUCUGCCUGCAGGAAUGCAUGGAAAUGGAGAAAUAUCUCUACAUCCUUCGUCCACAGCUUUAUCACUGCGAUAUGGGCAGUGCUUUGCUUUUUCCUUCACCCACAGAUGGCUGAAGAUUUGAUAGAAACUCACUCUGUGUUUUCUCAUACUUUGGUGUCGUUUUCGAUCGGUUACUUCAUCUGUGACUUCUUUGACAUGGUGCUGAACCAGAAACUGAGUCAGUCCUGGGAGCUUCUCUUUCAUCACUUGGUGGUGAUCACCUGUUUCGGCCUGUCUGUGCUGUCUUGUCGCUACAUUGGCUUUGCCGUGGUGGCCCUGUUGGUGGAGAUAAACUCUGUGUUCCUCCACCUCAGGCAAAUGCUGCGUAUGGCCAACAUUGCCAAAGGCACGCUGUACCGGGUCAACAGCAUAAUCAACCUGGGCACAUACGUGGUGUUCCGCAUCAACACGCUGGCCUGGAUGACCCGCUGGCUGGUUCUCAACAGGGACAAGGUGCCCCUCCUGGCCUACACACUGGGCAGCGUGGGUAUGGCCAUCAUGACGGCCAUGAAUAUCGUCCUGUUUUAUCGGAUACUCAGGAGCGACUUUUUAAAGAGCAGCACCCGGGAGACAAAGAAGGAUAAAGAGAUGUAGAGGAGAGGGGAGAACGGGACACACAAAGGAUUGGAUUCAUAAACGCACUCAUUACUGUCUGUUAACACAUCUGUGGCUGAGAUUUGAUACUGUUUUGCUUGUGUGUGAUAUACUCAAAGCUAAGAGAUGUGGGGAUCUUUUUUUAUCUCCCAUAUUGUACAGGCACACGCAUGCAGGGUGCAAACAAAUGGCCUUUUCUUCAAACACACACCACACAGCCAUUAUUCUAAAAGCCACGUUUACUUGUAGCUUUUAUAACUUUGGACUUCUGUGCAUGUGUGUGUGUGAUCCAAUGAUCCUUAAGUGCCAUUACUGCCUCACUAAUGGCAGAUGGAGGAUUUUUCAAACUAUCAGUGUAAGGCCUUGUAAAACGACUCCAAACGCCUUGUUGUCCAGGGGUGUUUAAGCUAAAUCUGUUCUAAAAUGUAACUUAUGGUUAGUGAAGAUGCACCCACUAACACUUAAAUAUAUUUCCAUAAAAAUCAUAGGAAACAAGUCCAAAAGAAUCUUAAGAAUAUAUUGAAAAAAAUAACAUUUUUGUUUGUAUAUAUUAUAUAGUCUCUCUCUAUAUAUACAAACACACACACUCACGUACUCUUGUGGUAAUUUAAAUAUAUAUCUUGUUAAUUUUUUUUCCUACCAAAUCUCCUCAACUAAAAACCACCUGCUACCUCAGGAAGUUUGUAACAGUUCUUUACCUCUUUCUAACACAAGCUUUGCUGUCAAUGAUUGGCAGGUUCUUUGUUAGAGAAGAAAAUAAAGCUUAAACAGAAAACUAUAUGUAGAGAUUAUAAAGUAUUUGUUUGUAGAGGAGGGACAUCCUGCAAACAUCAAUCCUGACUGAGGCAGGGAAUAAGGAAGUAGAGAGAAAAAUAAAUACUAAGUACACUGUCGAAUUUAAAUAACAGAUCAGAUUUUAAUUUGAUGACACAAUAUAAAAUUUAUAAACAAGUUGUUGCCAUUUUAUGAUAUUCCAAAUUGUAUUGAAACUUCUAGGAGUAACAGUUUAUAACGCAUGAACAAAUCUGUCAUAGCAGGCUUUACAUUUAUUAUAAUCACACAGUUUAACCCUACUCCUGAAAACAUCUUGUACUGUACUGUCCACCAAUCACAUCAUUGUCUGAGUAGACUCUGACUCAGUUGGCUCGCGGAUCAGCAUCCAUUCGGCCACUGCGAAUGACAUCAUUGUCCGGCAGCAGUCAGUAACGGAGGCUGUCGGACAGCUCAGCCGGCUGCUGUAUUUGUGACUUCAGUUGAAACCUGGAAAAUAACAGGAGAAGAAAACAAGCUCAACGACAGCAGACGGUGCUGCGGUACAAGCUGACAUUAAUGUUUUCAUGGUUUGUGUGUAAGUAUUCCUUUAAUGGCCCACGAUGUGCUGUCAUCUGCAGUAGGAGCUGUCAGACAGGCAGAAGUUGUUAUCCUUCAUUUAGCCAGUGGAGGACAGCCUACUCCUCAAUGUUACCUCAGUGGUCUCAGCACAGACGAGAACACGGGAAAUGUCUUUAUUUUGUAACAUCUUUGUGGAUCUGCGCCUCUUGCCUUCAAUUUAAAGUGGCCAACAAGCACAGACGGUUGCAGAGCAAUUUCUGAGGUUGGUGACGGAACAAACAGGUCUGAGAUCUGUAAAUACAGCAAACUGUUAUACACACGACUGCUAAAAGGCUGCCUGUCUUACCUUCACAUAGUAGCAUUACAGUCCUCAUAUGGCAUCAGAAUAACUGGUGCUAUUUAUGUGUUGCUUUUGUGCGUGUGUGUGUGUGUAUUCAUUGUCUGGGGGGAGUUAAAUUGCGUAUAGUCGUAAUUUAUUUGUGCUUAAAAGAAGUUGUGGAUUAAAGACAAAGUGAACACAAUGUUCAAUGAAUUUCCCUGUUGUGAAACAAUUGAUUCUGAUGUAUGAUUGUGUAAGUCAUGUUGUUGCUGCUUUGGGUCUUUUUUUUCUUUUUGUUUCCCCAGCUUAUAUCUUCAAAACCCCAAGUCCUACAAGGGCAAAUUCAGUCAUCUCAGCUUGAAAGAGUCCAUGUUCAAGCCCUAAAACCAGGCUGUCCAACCGUAUUACACAGAGAGCCACAUAUUUAGUGAACAGAUCUGAGCACACUGUACUCAGUUGGAGCUGGAGAGAAACAUAAUCUGUCGUCAGCACUUAAAUGCAGCUCAGACACACAAAAUGAACUCUUUGUCCACAUUAAAAUCAAGACACUGCUGUACUUAGGAAAUGGCACUGUUUGUAAGGAGGACAUGAUCAUUGCCGUUGUGGCUGAUUCCUAGUUACCUUUUUUUUUUUUUUUAAAGCUCCAGAGAAAUGCCCUUUUUUUCUUUAAUUUUAUGGUGAAUGUACGGUAGAUUUGAAUUUUUUUGAUUCUAUCAAAUUUUCAAAUUUGUAGGGCAGCUUUGUGAUUCUAGUGAAGACAACUGGUGACAACUGAAGUUCUUUUUAACAAGCAAGCAUAUAUUUCUGAAUGUGUUGUAUAAGGCUGUAACAUUAUUGGAUUUAUAAAUGUAUGAUAUCAGAUUUGUUCAUUGUGUUGCUGUCUUAGGGAUUGUGAUUAAACAUAGCAGCCAAGACGAGGUGCCUCCUCACAUAAAUGUCCUAAAGACACUGAGGGACCACCGGCCAAAAACAAGCUGCAGUUCUGCUCUCCACACUCCCAUUGCUGAGGGAGCGGAAGCUGUUAUUAACUCAUGUUCCUUAUCCAUACGUAGAAAACCUGGUGGCCGACUGCUUUGUUCUUCAUCUUUUUUAAUAGCUCCAUUAUUCAAAAUUGAGAAAUACUUGUUUCUUUAUCAACAAUUUGAUCAUUUCUAAACUUAUUUUUUUGUUAUGCUGAAUUAUUGUCAAUUGUUAAUUAUUAAAAAAGUGAAACUCGUUUACGCUAGUCGUCAAUUUACACUGUGCAGCCUGUUGAGGACUUAAAAUCUUCAUUAAAGAAUGAAUUAAACAUGGCAUACUGAAGCCAUGAGACCAAAUGAAGUCGUGAGAGCAAAAUCUUCUGCUUUUUGGACCAUCAAACUGUCACAUUUCACAGAAAUUUGUCUAAGAGUGUAAAUAUGACAGUUUUAUUUUUUCAUGUUUUGGCAGAGAUGGUUUUUGUAAUUGACAGACCAAUGUAUGUGUUUAUACAAUAACAUUAUUUGUUUAAAGUGAAAAUAAAGAUCAAAUGGAUAAAUGUU